UCCUUGUACACUUGUUUCUCGGAUUAACCCGUGACAGCCAUAAAGCAAGAAAAGACUAUACUGCAAAUUUCAAACUAUACACGUCCUUCAAAGUCGUUCGCACCAAGCAAGCUUAUAACAGCACAAUUGUUUUCAUCCGUACUUCUGCUGAUAGCUACUAUGUUGCAAGUCAGGCAAAGAGCCGCGAGGCCCUGAGCCGUGAGCGAGACGUGAACAGGCAUUCUCGAGGAUGCUUGGGGCGCCUCGCAACAACGCGACAAGGGCUCCGGGCCCGAUAAAGUGGAGGUCGUCGCUCAAGAACACUAUCUAUGACGUGCUCCAGUCAAAGACUGAAUGGGUGGAGACGGAGAGUGAAACGGAUUGGGACUUCUUCUGGGCGGACAAGGGGUGGAUUCACCACGAGCUGGACAAGCUGCAUCUGGCGGACUGGCAGCGCAUCAACCACUUCCCCAACCACUACGAGCUGACGCGGAAGGACCUGCUGAUCAAGAACCUGAAGCGAGCUAAGAGGCAGCUGGAGAAGGAGGAGCGGCAUGCGGAGGCGGCACAGUACAACUUCUUCCCGCUGACGUACGUCGUGCCCAGCGAGUACCGCAUGUUCGUGGAGGAGUUCAAACGGAGCGGGGGCGUGUGGAUCAUGAAGCCCAUCGGCAAGGCGCAGGGACAGGGCAUCUUCCUGUUCAACAAACUCAGCCAGAUCAGCGACUGGCGGCGAGACCACACGUGGAAGCCGGGGCAGGAGCCGCAGGAGGGCGACGAAGGGCCGGAGACGUACCUGGCGCAGCGGUACCUGGAGGCACCCUACCUGGUGGGCGGUAAGAAGUUCGACCUGCGCAUCUACGCCCUGGUCACCUCCUACAACCCGCUACGCAUCUUCCUGCACAGGUCGGGCUUUGCGCGCUUCACCAACACGCGCUACAGCACUCGCAAGGAGGACAUCACCAACACCUACAUGCACCUGACCAACGUGGCCAUUCAAAAGCACGCGCCCGGCUUCGACAGCCAGAAGGGAAUGAAGUGGUCCAUCCGCAGCCUGCGCACCUACAUCACCACCAAGCACGGCGAGGCCGCCGCCGCGGAGCUGUUCCACGCCAUCCAGAACAUCAUCAUCCGCGCGCUGCUGGCGGUGCAGCCCGCCAUGAUCAACGACAAGCACUGCUUCGAGCUGUACGGCUACGACGUCAUGAUUGACGCCAACCUCAAGCCCUGGCUCAUCGAGGUGAACGCCUCGCCCUCGCUCACCGCCAGUGACCGGGCGGACUGGGUGCUCAAGACAGCCAUGCUGGAGGACCUGCUGGACAUCGUCGACCUGGAGGGCCGGCGCGAGGGCGGCAAGGUGGAGCUGCGCCUGGGCGGCUUCGACCUCAUCUGGGACGGAGGCCCGGUCAUGCGCUUCGACAAGCCCACCUCGCUGCCCAGCAUGCUGGGCUGCUACAACGAGCGCGACAAGAACCAGCUGCGUGUGUACAAGAAGACGGGGCCGCCAGACGGAGGCAAGGAGUUCAAGCCGGCCAAGCCGGGCAACGCCUAGACCGGCCUGCAGGCAGCGCCCAGGGCAGCAUGCAGUAGGCACACGGUGUGUUAGUUGCUGCUGGUGGCGGUGUGCGCUGGUGGGCGAGGCAUAGCGAGCGCGUGCGUGUAGGUUUGCAAGCGAGCGUGCGCGCGCGGAGAAUGUGAACAGGUGGAGGUGGAGGUGGAGGGUAAAGGCGCGUGUACAGGCCGUGCUCUGGCUUGUCAGUGACAACCUGCUGGCGCGCGGGUGCGCUACACAUGAAUUCGUGGUCGGGUACCGUAUGUGUGCGGAAAGAGGCCGUUGGGGACUUUGUGUAUGGUUGGGAAACAGAUUGUCGACUGCGCAGCCCUGGAAAACGGCAGCGAACGGAAGAAUCUUGUACAGCGUGGGUGAGUGUAUUCAGAAGGGACUUCGAGUGCGUGCAUGCUCGGUGCAAGGAGGCGCUUGAUAAGGCAUGCGCGACUUGCAGCGUCAGAAGCGUGUGCGGCUGCUGACUGUAACAUGUUUGACUG